ACAACACUCACAAGAUUGGAUCGAAAAUCAAGAAAUGGGAUCUCUGUUUACCUCAUUAUUAUACUUGUCAUUGUUUUUGUUCUUUUACCAGAUAAAAGCCACUUCUUUCCUCAACUCCUCCAAGGCCAAUUCCAAUUCUUGCAAUUUCUUCAAAGGCAAAUGGGUCUACGAUCCAUCUUACCCUCUUUACAAUCCUACCACUUGUCCUUUCCUAGAUCCCGAAUUCGAUUGCGUCAAAUACGGAAGGCCCGAUAAAUCAUAUCUCAAGUACCGGUGGCAGCCUUUUAGCUGCAACCUUCCCAGGUUUAGUGGGGUGGGGUUCUUGCAGAAAUGGAGGGGGAAGAGGAUUCUGUUUGUGGGUGACUCACUGAGUUUCAACAUGUGGAGCUCACUGAGUUGCAUGAUUCAUUCAUGGGUGCCGAAUGCGAGAUAUACGCUAAUCAAGACCGGUGUUCUUACUGAGUUGGUGUUUCAGGACUACGGACUAAAGUUGUCGAUAUAUCGUACAACCACUCUAGUCGACAUCGUGAACGAAAACGGGGCCCGGGUUCUAAAACUAGACUCGAUCCGUCAAGGGAACGCAUGGAAGGGAAUGGACGUGUUGGUUUUUAACUCGUGGCAUUGGUGGACUCACACUGGACGUGACCAACCGUGGGAUUACAUCGGAGAAGGGGGGAAGCGGUAUAAAGACAUGAACAGGUUGGUCGCAUAUUAUAAGGGAAUGACAACAUGGUCGCGAUGGGUCAAUCGCUUUGUCGAUCCUUCGAAAACCAAAGUGUUCUUCCAAGGCAUUUCACCCGUUCAUUACGAGGGAAAGGACUGGAAUCAACCAUCAAAAUCAUGUAAAGGUGAAACACAACCAUUCUUCGGUUUUCGAUAUCCCGCCGGGACACCGCUAGCAUCGGUUGUGCUCAAUAAGGUGUUGAGCCGAGUCAAGAAACCAGUCUACUUGCUUGAUAUCACGACACUUUCUCAGUAUCGAAAGGAUGCUCACCCAAUCUUCUACAGUGGCAACCACAUUGGGCUCGAUUGCAGCCAUUGGUGUCUCCCUGGUUUGCCAGAUACAUGGAACGUGCUUCUAAAUGCGGCUCUCUCCGGUUAAGUUGGAGAGACGAUCGAUUGAUUCUAGAAACACGUUGUUUACUUAGGAUUCAUAGGUUGUGUUCAUUAGAGCGUGUGAUUUAUUGUUGAUUAGUAGUCAUAUUCUCGAUGGCUUCAUUAGUUUCGAUUUUUAUACGGUUUUGAUUCACUAUUGUUUGUCGAAUAAGGAGAGGAAACCGCUGAUUAUUUUUAAAAUCUUGAAAUUUGAUUUUAUUAUGAUUUACAACAAAGAAUUAUAAGAAAGACUGUUUCAGAGUUGCAACU